UCUCUCUUCUAACCUUUGAGAAUAAAACUGGGUUUCCCACAGACAUUAUUUUCCCUUCUUUUUUCAACAACAUAUAUACUUGUAAAGAAGCUUCCUGUGUGAAGUAACUAGUUAGCAAAAAAACUCACAUCUUCUUCAACACCUUUUUCUCUCUCUCUCCAACUCUAACUAUAACACACCUUGUGUUGUUUUUAGGUAAACCAACAAUAACCACAACUUGGAAUAUAAUCUAUCUAUCCACCAUGGUUUUUUUUUUGUCUUUAGGGCUUGAUUCUUCUCUUAGUCAAAUAUGAAGGCACCGACUCUUACAUGAACCUCUUUUUCUUUCUUUUCCUUUACAGCCUCAUAAUUCUCCCAUAAAAUAUCUUCCUCAUCAUAUACCAUUUUUCUUGAUUUUGUGAGAUCCAGAAGUUAUAAUUAGAAGAAUUUGACUUGAUAAUUAUCAUGGAGUUGAUGCAAGAAGUGAAAGAUUAUUCACAAGAGGAAUUAGAGGAAGAUGAAGAAGAAAUCAUGACAAAAACAACAAGAGAAGAAGAAGAAAGUAGUAGUAAGCAACAAUUACAACACUGUACUUUUUCUUCUCCACCUUCUAAUUUCUCUUUAUCUUCUUCAUCUCCUUCAACAACUCAUCAUCAUAAUCAUAAUCAUAAUCAUAAUCAUAAUCAUGAUGUUACAAAUGUUUCUCAUCAACAAAAUCAAUGGCUUGGAAUGAAUCAUCAUCAUCAUCAUUCACCAGAAUCUCACAAUUCAGCAGCAUCUAAAGGAGGAUUAGGGUUAUUACACCAACACCAACAUCAAGAUGCAACAACCUCAAAUUUCACAAAUUUAAAGCAAAUAGAUUUCAUGGAAUUGUCACUUGGUAACAACAACAAUAACAAGAACAAAGAUGUUGUUAUUAAUGAUCCUGUUCCACAAGAGCAAGAACAACAACCUAGUACACAUGAAAAAGAACACAUGUUUGACAAAGCUGUAACACCAAGUGAUGUUGGGAAACUAAACCGUUUGGUUAUACCAAAACAACAUGCUGAAAAGUAUUUUCCACUUGAUUCAACAUCAAAUGAGAAAGGUCUUCUUCUGAAUUUUGAAGAUAGAAAUGGAAAAUUGUGGAGAUUUAGAUACUCUUAUUGGAACAGUAGCCAAAGCUAUGUUAUGACAAAAGGUUGGAGCCGUUUUGUUAAAGAGAAAAAACUUGAUGCUGGCGACAUUGUUUCGUUUCAACGCGGCGUCGGCGAAUUGUUUAGGCAUAGAUUGUUUAUAGAUUGGAGGAGAAGAUCUAAUCAUAAUCAUCAUACUAUUGAUCCUUCAUCAGCAACACUUUUCACUCCUUUCUUUCUUCCUAAUCAACAACAAUAUUCUAUUAGAUGGGGAGGUGCUAAUAGUAGAUUUUACUCUCUUCCUUAUCCAACACCACAAAGGUUACAACAUCAACAACAAAAUCAUCAUGACCCUUUACACAAUCAGAUGAAUUUUAAUCAUAACAUGUUUCCAUUUCAUCAAUAUGGUGGUGGAAAUGUGAAUCAUCAAUACAAUUUUCAUCAUCAUGAUCCAAGUUCAGUUUUUUAUAUGAGAUCAUUAGCACCAUCAUCAAUGUCAAUGCCUCAAGGAAGCUUAAGUACAAGAUCACAGCAACAAGAAGGAGGAGGAGGAAGCAAUGUCUCAAACAUGAUUAUUGAUUCUGUUCCUGUUUCUCAUUAUCAUCAUCACCACGGAAAUUUAACUAGUAAUGCUACUACUAGUACUACUACUAAUGGUGCUGCAAAAAGGUUAAGGUUGUUUGGUGUGAACAUGGAGUGUGGUGGUUCUUCAACAAGUGAUGAUAACUUGGCUUCUCCUUCUUCAAUAGUACCAUCACUUCAACAUUUGAAGGUACCUCAUCAUGAAGAAACACUUUCAAGUUCAACAUCAACAAGAUUUGAAGAGGAUAAGAGAAGAGAAGAAGCUUCAAUGAUUUUUGGUUUAGAUACUUCUUUGCAAUAUCAUAAUUACCAACAACAAUGAUGAAAAUGAAACAAAAAUAAUGAACAAGUUUGCAGCAUUUUGAUUAUUAUAUUUUAAUCUUAAUAUUAUAUAUAUUUUUCUUCAUUUUCUUCUUCUAUUAGCAUUUGAUAUUUUAGUAGUACUAUUUAGAAGUGAUGAAUGAGUUUGAUUAGCUUGGGAUUUGAGUCAAUAAGAGAAAAUAGAAAAUGGAAAAAUCCAUAAUUUGAGAUUUACCUAAAGAGGGAAAUGAAAAUCAUGGAAUUGAAUUACAUAUUUAGACCUUAGUCAAAUCUAUGUAUAAAAAAAUAGAAUACAAAAUAUAUAGUAUUUUGAUCAGCUACUCAGAGUACAAUUAAAUGAAGUUUUUGUCUCCUUUUGAUUUGAUCAAUCUCUCUCAUUCCGUUUACUGCAUUUAAUGAUUCACAGAAAAGAUUGUUGCUUUCUUCUUUCCUCUAAUGUUUCUGUUAGCCUUGUUGGGUUGAUGUGGUUCACAACACUGCUACAAUUCUGCUACCUCUCUCUCUGCUCCUUAAGUUAGGCAUUUUAGCUUUGCAGAUAGACUUCAGAAAAGUUGUACAGCUGUAAAAGGCUACCAGCCACCUUCUUUGUUUGGUUUAAACACUGUUCACACAGACAUGUUUUAGCCAUUGCAAUAGUUACAACAGCUGAUACUUUUAUAGACAUUGAAUCAAGGAACUUUCCAUUGGCAAUCAAGAAGGGGAAACACUAAACAUCAAGGUGAGAUCAUAUUACUGAAGAUUUAAGGUUGUUAUUUCAGUAAGACUGUAGAAAUAUUUAACCAAGGUACAUUUUUUCUGAAUAUUUGGGCCUUUUUCUUCUAGGGGGAGGCCCCAUGUUCUCAAUGUUAUAUAUAAGUUUUUUUUUUUACACAUUUGAUCAGUGUUAUUAAAAAAGUGAAAGUACAUAUAUUGCUACCUCCA